GGUUGAGAUGUGGUGUAGUUUUGUCAGUGAGCACGCACACGCACACACACACACACACACACACACGCACAGACACACACACACACACCCAGUGUGGACAAGAUGAAGCUGAUGACAUCCUCCCAAUUGGAGGGUCACAUGAAAGCCUGUAAGUGACCCUUUAUCGCCUGUGACCUUUGAAUCGUUGACAGAGUGAGAAGCGAUGCAUGUUAACGUGUUCGCCAACUUGCGGGCUUUCCCUAGCAUCUGUGACCUCGUCAUGAAGAGGCUGGAGGAACGUGGGAGGAUGAAGAGGAGGAUAUGGUGGGCGAACGAGCAGGAGGGCAGAGAAUGGUGUCAGUAGAAUGUUACGUAACGAGUGUGCGUGUGUGUGUGUGUGUGUGUGUGUGUAUGUGUGUGAACGCUCCCAUUCCCUGCUGCAAAAUAUCUUAGGUAACAAAAUGUGUCAGGUUGUUAAAUGUGUCAAGAGAGCUGGCGCGACGAAGCCCGAGGAGAUUUUAGCGGAUGUGGUGUUUGUGAAUUCAUUAGCAACAUCUGAGCGGAGGGGUUGAUGAACCUGCCAGUGGUUGAAGUUGUGUAGCUUCUGGAAGGAUGUUGAGAGCCGCCACCUCUCUGGAGGACCUGUCUUUCAGGGACAUGCUGUCAUUGCUCUGUGCCUGGAGAACCACCAUCUGCCAAACUGGACCCUCAGAGCCUACUCCCCAAAAAAGUGUUGGUUUUUUUGUGGAGUUUUUUGGUCACUGUUUACUUUCUCACCAUCCACACAAACAUUUUCAUCUAAAUUCACACCAGUGGCGUUUUUAGCAAAACCUCUGUUCGCAUUCACUGGCUGCCAUGCACAUUUUGGCCAAUCAGAAGCCUGAAAAGUUGACCACAACUGCUUAGCCGCCCAUCAUAUGCCUUUGUUCAUCAAAAAGUGUCAUCGUAGGUGUGCAAUGCCAUGUAUUAUAUUUAAAAUCAGUGCUCCCUUACACAGACCCACCGACAUGAAUGUUUUUUUUUUUAAAUCGCCUGUGGCCGUCGUAAGUAGCGUCUACCACUGCACGAAAUGAAAACAGCACCCAUAAGUCAAUAACGCCAUAAAUAAGAGUUAAAUACAUGCGGGUGUUUCCUAUAAAUGAAUAUAAAAAAAUAUAUAUAUAUUUUUAUUUGUGGCUGCCCACCACGAAUACAUUUGGCGCUACCUGUUCAUUCUCUCUGAAUAGUAAAUGAACAGAGAAUAAUUCUUCCGACAUAAGCCGAAAAGCUCAGGUUUACCCAUCCACACACAAACUCUGAAGCAGGACCUUUUUGUUUUUAAGGGACAUUUUUGUUUUGUGUGGACAUUGCUUAAAAAUCAAUUCAUUGUGUCUUUAAACGUCAUUGAAGUUAACGCAGCAGCUUGAAAAGUAUGUUUUUCUUUAUUUUUCUCAAGUUGCUCACAAUUAAGUCAGGUACAACAACAUUUGCUCCAGCAGGGGGCGACUGUCAUUGUGCAGAAGAUUAAGAAAGUCCAGUAGAUUACUUUUUUUUUUUUUUGCCACCUCGAGGUUGUCAAGUGGUCGCCAUGGCGACCCGUCCAGCAUGUCCAACAUGCGUGAUAGAAUGCACAUUUGUCGCUUUGGAGUAUUGUCGUACAUUCAAGGUGGUCCACAGUCUUUUUGUCGUGCAGUGACAGAUGGCCAUUGGGUUCUGUUUACCUCAGUGGCCAUCUGACACCUCUUCUCAGCGCCAGAAUACCUGCCGCCGCUUCCUGUGGUCCUGGCAGCUCCUGGUGACAACGCGUGGACCGUAUGGACCAGCAUUGCACUCUUAUUCUGCCUCCUUAAUGUUGGUUCACUUGUAUGCAAAGACGUGAGCCUCAUCGUCAGGUGAAGAUCUCACCUGUAUGACGGUGUAGGUGGCGUUAGCAUGUGCAUGUGUGUGUCACUGUGCCAGAGGUCCAUUCUUUCCAGCAUACGACACUGAUCACCUUCUAAAACACGCUGUGAUGAAGGUCAGCUUGCUGAUAAGCUCCUGAGUGGAGGGCUAAAUGCGGCCGUCAUACGUGAUAAGACGUACUCGAUGAAUGUCAGGCCAUCACGAGUCUGGACCUGGCUGGAGCUGAGACUGAGACUGGAUGCUGCAGGAGAAACCCUCAUCCCGUUCAGAGCGUACUGUUGAAGAAGCUCUAAGGACUGACGUGAGAAGUCAUAAAGGCUCUCAAGCAGCUUAAAGAGGACCGGGAGAGCACUUACAGGAGAUGGAGCUUGAGAUUCCCACCAUGGAAGGAGAGGAGGCCUCAUCCGCCCCUGAGUUGGACUUAAAGAUGGAAGAACUUCCCACUGUGAAGGUGACAAAAGAGACCUUCCAAGAAACCGUGACGACCUUCAGCUCUAACCAAGUCACAACGUGUGACGCUUACCCUGUUGACCCUGACGAGAACACGGAGGACAACAAUGAAACGGAGAAGGAAGGAGAGGAGGAAGGAGGAGGACAAAAAGUACCCAGAAGCCCACAGGCCUCAGAUGCUGGACCACCUUUGCUUCCUGAUCCAGCCUUCAACAGGAGAUGCAGCCUCCUGUCCAGCGAGGUGAAAUACAAAGAAGACUUUGAGAAGAUGAAGGGUCAGAGUCAGUUUGUUCCUGGAGCAGAUCUCAUCCAUGCCAGGAACAUCAGCGCCGUCCUGUCUGAGUCCAAAUACAAAGAGGAGGGGAAGAAAGAGGCGUCGCUAUCUCUCUACUCGCUCCUUCCAGAAACGCCAGAGAUCCGACGUGCCAGAGAAGUUUCCCAGCUCCAGAGUGAGGUUAAAUACAAAGAAAACAUGAAGAUGUCCUCCUCGCUCUACUCACUGCUGCCAGAGACCACUCACACCCAAUUUGUCAAAGAACUCACUGAGAUACUGAGUGAGAACAAGUACAAGGAGGAGGGGAAGAAGGAGAUGAGCAACACUUUGUACUCUCAGCUUCCUGAAACAUGUGAGAUGCAUCUGGCCAAGAGCAUCCAUGAGUUUCAGAGUGAGAAGAAGUACAAGGAAGAUGGCAAGCGGAAGGCCUCCAUCUCCCUCUACUCACAACUGGCCGACACUCCUGAGAUCCAACACGCGCUGGAGAUGUCCCAGCUGCAGAGUGAUGUGAAUUAUCGUCCCAAGGUGCUUGUAAAAGGGGCUCCUUCGUCUCUGUACUCUCAGCUUCCCGACACCAAUGAGAUCCAGUUUGCCAGAGAGAUGACGGAGCUGCAGAGCCAGAACAAAUACCACGAGGAGGGCAGACGAAACCUCUGUCAGUCCUUCUACUCUCAGCUUCCCCACACCAUGGAGACGCAGUUUGCUAAAAGUGUUGCUGAGCUGCAGAGCGAGCGCCGCUACAAGGAGGCGGGGAAAAAGAGCACGGCCUUGUACUCGCUUCUGCCGCAGACUCUGGAGACGGCGCACGCUAAGGACGCCUGCGAGCUCGCCAGCGAGGUCAAGUACAAAGAGGACGGCAAGAAGGAGAUGAGCGUAAACUUGUACUCGCUGAUGCCCGAUACCAUUGACACGCAACAUGCUAAAGAGCUGUCGGUGCUACAGAGUGAGGUGAAGUAUAAAGAAGGAGUUGAGCAGAAGAACACCUUGUACCAUCAUCUCCCGGAGACCGCCGAGACCCGACUGGCAAAGGAGCUGUCCCAGCUGCAGAGCGAGAUCAAGUAUAAAGAAGGAGGAAGGAAGGAGAUCAACAAGUGUCUCUACUCGUCGCUGCCUGACACUUUGGACACGCAGCACGCUAAAGAUGCCGCGCUACUGCUUAGUCAGACUAAGUACAAAGAGAGCAGUAAGAAGGAAAUGUCACACAGCCUGUUCGCCACUCUCAGCGACACGAGUGAAAUCAGCCUGGCCAAGGAGAUGAAGGACAUCCUGAGCGAGAGGAAGUACAAAGAGAGCGGCAGGAAGCAGCUGGCUCAGAGCCUCUACUCACGACUCGCGGACACGGCGGAGACACGCUUUGCUAGGAGCAUUUCCGAGCUACAGAGUGAGGUGAAAUACAAGAAGGGACAGAAAGAGUCCAGGUCUCUCUACUCCACGCUGCCCGCCACUCUGGAGACACAGCACGCCAAAGAGGCAGCUGACGUGCAGAGUGAGCUGAAGUACACUCAGAAGAAAGAUCUCAAGUCCACCUUGUUCCACCUGCUGCCUGAAACCUUGGACACGGCCCACGCUAGAGACGUCUCUGAGCUUCUAAGUCAGGUGAAGUACCAGGAAGACGGCAAGAAGGAGAUGAAUGUUAACUUGUACUCGCUGCUGCCCCAAACCAUCGACACGCAACACGCUAAAGAGCUUUCCGACCUGCAGAGUGAGGUGAAGUACAAAGAAGGCCUGAAGCAGAAGAUGCAGAGCAGUUUGUACCAUCAUCUCCCAGAAACCCCUCAGACUCAUCAGGCCAAGCAGAUGUCAGAGCUGCAGAGCGAGAGCAGGUACAAAUCUGCAGGUGAGAAGGAGCUCCACAGUUCUCUGUACUCCGCCCUACCUGUCACCAUGGAGACACAGCACGCCAAAGACGCUGCCGAGAUGCUCAGCGAGGUCAGGUACAAGGAGAGCGGGAAGAAGGAGAUGUCCGCCUCGCUUUACGCCAACUUGCCUGACACCUGCCAGACCAGCUUCAGCAGACAGAUGACACACAUGCAGAGCGAGAACAAGUACAAGGAGGACGGGAAGAGAAGCCUCUCUCGGAGUUUCUACUCCCAGUUAGCACAAACGGCCGAGACGCAGUUUGCUAAGAGUGUCACCGAGCUGCAGAGCGAGGUGAAGUACAAGGAGGACGCCCAGAAGGAGAUGACGUCCUCGCUGUUCAGCAGCCUCCCUCAGACGGUCCACACGCAGCGGGCCAAGGAGGUGACGGCGCUCCAGAGUCAGGUGAAAUACCAGGAGGGCAGGAAAGACGCCGCCUCGUCUCUCUAUCACCUCCUCCCGGAGACGCCACAGACGCAGCUCGCCAAGCAUGUGUCAGAGAUCCAAAGUGAGGCAAACUACAAGAGGGACAAAGACGAGCUGUCCAACUCGUUGUACUCGCUGCUUCCGCAAACGUUGGACACCCGGUUUGCGAAGGACAUGGCUGAGACGCAUAGCCAGACCAAGUACACGCAAGAAGCCAAGCAGCAGGCGGCGGCGUCUUUGUACGCCAAACUACCCGAAACCAUGGAGACCAAACACGCCAAAGAAGUGAGGAUGCUGCAAAGUGAAAACCAGUACAAAGCGGAGGGGAAGAAGCAGAUGACGUCGUCUCUCUACGCUCAGCUUCCUGAGACCUCAGAGACACAGCUGGCCCGAGAGGUUGCGCUGAUCCAGAGCGAGAAUAAAUACAAAGAGAGCGGGAAGAAGGCACAGACUGUCAGCGUCUACUCGCAGCUCCCAGACACCAACGACAUCCAGUUUGCUAAAAGCGUGUCCGAGAUCCAAAGCGAGAACAAGUACAAGGAGGCAGGCAGGAGACAAGCGUCCAGCUGCCUGUACUCCAUGUUGCCGGACACUCUGGAGACCCAGCACGCUAAGGAAGUGUCACAGCUGCAGAGUCAGGUCAGCUACAAGCACAAGGAGGACGCCAGCAGGCCGCUCUAUCACCAGCUACCUCAAACCAGCCAGACGCAGGCGGCCAAAGAGCUGACUGACCUGUACAGCCAGGUGAAGUACAAAGAAGACGGUAAGAAGCAGAUGACGACAAACCUGUACUCGCAUCUUCCUGAGACUUAUGAGACUCAGUUUGCCAAACAGAUGUCGGACUUACAUAGCCAGACAAAGUACCAGAAGGACAAAGAGGAUCUGCCCAACACGUUGUUCUCUCUGCUGCCCGAAACUCUGGACACUCGUUUUGUGAAGGACAUGGCUGACACUCACAGCCAGGUCAAAUACAAAGAGGCAGGAAAGAAGGAGGUCAGCAGCGCUCUGUACCAUCAGCUGCCUGAGACCGCCGAGACACUUCAUGCGAAAGAACAGUCUGCGCUGCAGAGUCAAAACAAGUACAAGCAGAGCGGGAAGGAUGCGUUGGCAUCCAGUCUGUACGCUCAGCUGCCGCAGACGGCCGAGACGCAGCUGGCCGCUAAGAUGUCGGAGCUGCAGAGCGAGAGCAAGUACAAGGAGGAAGGUGUCAAGAGCCUCAGCCGCAGCGCCUACAGUCAGCUGGCAGACACCACGGAGACGCAGCUCGCUAAAACGCUCUCGGAGCUUCAGAGCGAGACUAAAUACAAGGAGGCCAGCAGGAGGGAGGUGGCCAUCAGCCUCUACCACCGCCUGCCUGAGACCAUGCAGACGUUGCACGCUAAAGAGGCCACGCAGCGGCAGAGUCAGGUCAACUACAAGGCGGAAGGUCAGAGGGCACAGAGCUGCAGCCUGUACUCCCAGCUGCCUGAUACCCAGGAGAUCAAGUUUGCUAAAGCCGUCAUGGAGCUGCAGAGUGAGAAUAAGUACAAGGCCAAAGGUCGGCAGGAGAGCAGCAGCAGUGUGUUUCACCAGAUGGCCGAGACCAGCCAGACUGAGCUUGUCAAGCGCUUGUCAGAACUUCAGAGUGAGACAAAGUACAAGAAGGACAAAGAGGAUCUGUCCAACACGUUGUUCUCUCAGCUGCCUGAGACUCUGGACACUCGCUUUGUGAAGGACAUGGCUGACACUCACAGCCAGAGUAAGUACAAGGAGGCCAGUAAGAAGGAGAUGGUCAAGAGUUUGUACUCGCUUUUGCCGCACACCAAAGACAUUCAGCACGCCAAAGAACAAAGUCAGCUACUGAGCGAGAAGCUGUACAAGGAGGAGGGAAAGAAGGAAGCCACCAGCAGCUUGUACGCUCACAUGCCCCAAACCAUCGAGACCGUCUUUGCGAAGGAGUUGAGCAGGACGCAGAGCGACAAGUUCUACAAGGAGCAGUUUAACCGAGAGAAGGGGAAGUCGGGCUACGCCAACAUGGAGACGCUGCCCGAGGUGGAGCGCGCCAUGGAGGUCAACAAGAACCAGAGCGACGUCAGCUACAGGAAGGGCAAGGAGGAGCUUCAUCACUACAACACAGCGCCUGACAGAGCCGACAUUGUCAGCGCAACCAACGCUGCCAAACUGGCCAGCGAUGUGGCCUACAAGAGCAACAGCAAGCAGAUGGUCUUGAGCGACGCGUCUCUUCUGGCCCGAACGGACAUCCAUCACGCCAAAGAAGCGUCUAAACUGGCCAGCCAGGUGAAGUACAAGCAAGCGUUGGAGCCGCAUGCUCGACCUCGCUACAACCCGAUGGAGUGUGUGUCCUUUAAACACACACAAGCAGCGGCUGCGCUCGCCAGUCAGGUGAAGUAUAAGAGCAACCAGAAACCAAAAGACUCCUCAGACCUGCCCAACCUCCUGCAGCUAGAACAUGUGCUGCAUGCCAGCAAGCUGCAGAGCAACGUGUGUAAAAAAAAAAAAAAAAAAGGAAAAACAUGGACGCCGACUCCCCUUCUUCACCAUCAAAUCCACGUGUGUGUGUGUGUGUGGGAUCAGGUAGAGUAUAAGAAGAAGUACGAGCAGAACAAAGCUCAGCACCACAUGUCUCUGGACACGGCUGAACAGCGCCACCACAAGGAGAAUGCAGUGCUGCACAGUCAGGUGUGUGUCAUCACGUGAUGGCGUUUCCUCUUCCCCCGGUGACGGGUGUGGCUUUGCGGUCGCAGGUGAAGUAUCACGAGGAGUACGAGAAGAGCAAAGGCCACACAAGUGUGGAAUUUGCCGACACGCAGACGUACAAAGUGUUCAAGGACGCUCAGAAGAUGCAA